AUGAAGGGCUAUUUUCUGAGUAAAAAGGCAUUUUUUGCGGCUCUUGACCGGCUGGAUGACUCGGAUGAUCAGAGCGAAGAGGAUAAGAGCUGGGGGAAUCUUCUCACUUCUGCAGACAAAGAAGUUGACAAACCUGAUCCGAAUAAAGUCGCUCUUUCCUCGGAGCGUAUCCCACUUCCUCGAGCAAAGUCGGAUCCUAGUUCUUCGUGUGACCUUCAAAGGAAGAGAAGUCCAGUCGCCGUCCUCAAACCGACUCCCGCGAACCGCCCUCGGACAACUGGAACAAUGCCUACCAUCAAGAGCGGACCUCCUCAAAAGAAAAGAAGGAUCAAUAAUGCUAAGAUAAUCCCAGAUGACCAGCAGAUAUUUAAGGGUCUGAUCUUUUUCUUCUUUCCAAACAACGAUGUAUCUCCAUUCCGACGAUUGCGCAUUCAACGAGCACAAGAUUAUGGUGCACGAUGGAGUCGAGACUGGGCCACUGAUGUCACUCAUGUGAUUAUUGACAAGGGAUUGCUAUCAAGCGAUCUCCUUAACUACCUCAAACUCGAAGCUUUGCCAACGAGUGUUGCUCUUGUCAAUGAAUCAUACCCAUCCGAAUGUAUCCAGUUUCGUUCGGUUCUCGAUACCUCGCAGCUCCGCUUUCGUGUCAAUGGAACCUCGACGACUGUGGAGAAAAAUAAUUUUCUAGUGGCAGAUUCACCACCUGAUUCUCUUCCAUUGAAACAAUCUCGGCGGGAGAAAAACCAUCUGUCUCCAGUUGAGGAACAGAUACCAAGUCCCUUGCCAAAAGAGACAGAAACUGUGCCCGAAGGUGUGACCCACGCCGUAAUCUCCGGUCCAGUCAAUGAAAACGCAACGGAAGAGGCGUGUGAAAGAGUAAACUGGGAGCGAGAUGCACUGGAUGAUAUAAUAGAUGAGGCUAAGGCCACAAGGCAUCUGCCUCUGGAUCCACUUGAAUUUCCCACUGACGAAUCUGCUGCUGAUGCCUCCGAUAUCGAAACCUCGAGCUCAGGGGAGGAGUCAAGUUGGAAGACACGAAAAGCAGCUGGAAAAAGCAAAGUCAAAGACAAAUCUGACUGGACCAAAGGUUUCACCUGUAUGCAGAAGUUCGAUCCGGGCACGAAACUUGACAAUGCCAAUAACAGAACCAUCGAGGUACUUCAGCAAAUGUUGGAAUACUAUACCCAGACUGCAGACCAGUGGCGGGUUAUAGCCUACCGCAAAGCCAUCACCGCUUUGCGAAAGCAACCAAAUAAAGUUACUACACGAGCACAGGCUCGGGCUAUCCCUGGUAUUGGAGAGAGGCUGGCUGACAAGAUCGAGGAAAUUGUCUUGACUAACCGCCUUCGUCGUCUGGAAAAUACGAAUAUUACCCCAGAAGACUUGAUAAUUCAGGAAUUCCUUGGCGUCUAUGGUGCUGGUCUUACCCAGGCCUCCAAGUGGGUCGCUCAGGGCUACAGAUCUCUGAAGGAUUUAUUGGAAAGGGCUCCAUUGACUAAGCAGCAGCGUAUUGGGGUGGAACGUCACAGCGACUUCGCUCAAAGAAUCCCCCGCAAGGAGGUCGAAGCCCACGGGGCAAUUGUGCGAAAGGCGGUGCAGGCCGUUGAUAGGGAUAUGCAGGUGAUAAUCGCAGGCUCUUACCGCCGCGGGGCACUCACCUGCGGGGACGUGGACUGCCUGAUCACAAAACCUGGUGCCUCGCUGGAGCAAAUCCGCACCAUGAUGUUUGGUCUUGUUGUCCCUAGAUUGUUCAGCAGUGGGUUUCUGCAGGCCAGCCUUGCCAUCUCGUCGCAUCAGGAUGGAUCUAAGUGGCACGGUGCGUCAGCCCUACCUGGCACCACUUUGUGGCGUCGGAUAGAUUUGCUGUUCGUUCCUGAUGCAGAGAUUGGGGCGGCGUUGAUAUACUUUACGGGGAAUGAUAUAUUCAACCGGAGUAUGAGAUUGCUAGCACGCAAGAAAGGCAUGUGCUUGAAUCAAAAGGGCCUUUUCAAGGAUGUGCUUCGGAAUGGACAGGUGAAACUGAAUGAGGGCCGGCUGGUUGAAGGCCGGGAUGAACGCCGGAUUUUUGCUGUGUUGGGUGUGCCCUGGCGGCCUCCCGAGCACCGGAUCUGUUGA